GGGCGCUCGGUGGGCGAGAGACUGGGGCUGCGGGACGGGUGCUGAGGGCAGCUCUGCCUCCUGCGGGGCUCGUCCCUGGCCCGGCUCGCGUUCCCUAACCCCAAGCCCUGGCAGCCCUCCGCUUGCCUCUUGGGCGGCUAGAUCGAAGUCCAGCUGGAGGCCACGCUGGCCGGGGGCAGCCGGCGCCCACCCUCCUGGGCCCCUCUGUAUCCUGCCCGGAGCGCGAGCUGGGCAUGAGCUGGGCAUGAACUUAACAGACUUCGGGUCCUUCUCCCGGUCGUUUAUUCUGCAAGCGAUCAUUCGAUCAUUCGUGCCAGCACUGCUAGCGGCCUCUAGGUUCAAGCUCUGUUAGGUGUAAACACACGCUGCUUUUUUUUACUGAGCCGUUUUAUUUAGUAGUGCUGUCUUCGCCAUCCCUUAUCUUUACUGCAUAGAACCUUAAGGCUAAGUCAGCACCUGGAACAUUUAAAACAAGUAUUUUAAUGGCAUUCCACUCUAAAUUGUAUUGAGUGACACUAAUCCGUGUCGUCUCUGGUUAUAUAAACUUUUUGUAAGUAAAAACUCAUUUUGUUCCAUUGCUUUUCUUCUUCUUUUUUUUUUUUUUUAUUAAACUGUGAGUUUAGAGUAGUGGUUCCUAAUCUUUUCCCCAUUUACCAGCUUUUCCUUAUGGAUGUCAGGAGUCCUUUUUCUCUAAACAGUGCCUGAAUUUCUCCUUCCCAGCUGGCUCCACAAUUGUUAUUCCUUAACUUGCUGGGUUGUUGUUUUUUUCCCCCACAACCAGUGUCUUUUUGCUUAUUUCUGGGCAAGAAAUUUCCUUCAGCCACACGGCUUAUAUCCCAGGCUCUGGGCAGCCUACUCUAAAAUACGCCUUUGAAAGAAGAAAGCCCGUCAGGUGUUGAGGUGGGCUAAAAAGCCUUCUUCAAGAAGUGCGCUUAUUGGUGAAAAUAAAACACAGGUACGGAAAUUAUAUGCACCAGUGAUUCUCAAACUUUAAUGUGCAUCUAAAUCACCUAGAGAACUUAUCAGAACAGAUUUCUGGGGCCCACCUCAAAGUGUCUGGUUUCGGAGGUCUGGGCAAGGUCUGGAGCCAGAACUCGAGAACUUGUAUUUUUUUGCGAGUUCCCAGGUGAUGCUGCUGCUGUAGGUCUUGGGAUCAGAGUUUGAGAACUGACAACACCAACCUGUGGAUGGUGAUUACUUCCUGGGAGGGGGCAGUAUAGGGCUGGGGGGGAGGGGGCAGUUCACUGGGCUUCACCUAUGUGUGUGGUAUUUCAUAUCUUUAAAAAAAAGUAUUUUAAAAAUGUGAUGCAGUGUUACCUGACAAAGCUGAGUGGAUGUCCUAUUUUUUAGUUUUCUCUGUGCUUGAAGCAUUUCAGGAAAGAAUAAAGGCCCUGUUUGCUGUGUGGAGAAUGGAUUGGAAAAGAGAAAGUGGGAGAUGGUGUAGGAAACUGUUGCAGAAGCCCAGGACCUGCCAGACUGUUUCCCACAGUGGCGGCAUCAUCUUACAUUCCCACCCGCAGUGCAUUAGGGUUCCUGUUUUCUCUGCAUCCUUGUCAACACUUGUUAUUGUCUGACUUUGUUUACGGCCAUCCUGUGGAUGUGUGAUGAGAGUACUUUCUAACCAGUGCCCGGGGCCAUCCUGAAUACUGACUGACCCAGGUGUCUGCAUGGAGACCUGAACCAGCAGAAGGAAGACGUACCUAGGAGGUAACGCUUCAUGUCAUACGCGUCUCAGAACCAAGAAGUGCAGGGAAGUGGCAGAGGACACCAACAUGGAGAAGAAGCCCCAGGACGGCAGGAAAGGCGCCCCCCACAGAGAAGUGCCCCCCGUCGUGGGGCUGCUGCUGGCCAUGGCCCUCAUGAACCUGCUGCUCUACCUCUGCCUCGACUGGCUCUUCAUUUCCCCUCGGCGUGCUGCCCCGGGCCCCGGUCACUGUCCCUACGGCUCCUUCAGAAUGGGACAGAUGAAAACCUGCUCCCCGUGGCUGUCCUGCCAGGAGCUGAGGACAGAAGUGAGGCAGCUGAAGCGCGUUGGGGAGGGAGCCGUGAAGAGGGUCUUUCUGUCGGAGUGGAAGGAACGCAAAGUCGCUCUCUCACGGCUCACCGGUCUGGAGAUGAAGGACGAUUUCCUUCACGGACUGCAGAUGCUGAAGUCUCUGCAGAGUAAACAUGUUGUCACGCUGCUCGGCUUCUGCGAGGAUGACAACACCAUUCUUACUGAGUAUCACCCCUUAGGGUCCUUGAGCAGCCUGGAAGAAACGUUAAACCUUUCCAGGUACCAACAUGUAAACACCUGGCAGCAGAGGCUGCAGCUGGCCAUGGAUUACGUCAGCAUCAUCAACUACCUGCACCACAGCCCCCUGGGCACGCUGGUCAUGUGUGACUCCAACGACCUGCCCAAGACACUGUCCCAGUACCUGCUGACCAGUAACUUCAGCAUCGUGGUAAACGACCUGGACGCCUUGCCCCUGGUGAACCGCAGCACCGGGACAUUUGUGAAGUGCGGCCACAGGGAGCUUCAUGGGGAUUUUGUGGCUCCAGAGCAGCUGUGGCCCUAUGGAGAGGACACGCCUUUUCAGGACCAUCUCAUGCCCUCGUAUGACGAGAAGACUGAUAUCUGGAAGAUUCCAGAUGUCUCCAGUUUCCUUUUGGGGCAGGUUGAGGGGAGUGAUAUGGUCCGAUUCCAUCUGUUCGAUAUUCACAAGGCCUGUAAGAGCCAGGCUCCUGCAGAGAGACCCACGGCUCAGGACGUCCUGGACACUUACCGGAAGGUGUUGAAUUCACUCAGAGAUACGGUGAUGUCUCAGACAAGAGAAAUGCUCUAAAAACCAGUGCAGUCAGGGAAGGGAUUUAAGGAACACGUGGAAGAGUGACACAGUUCUGCUCUGACAGUGAGCUCGCUGCUAUUUAGCCCUGAGGCUCUUCCUCUGCACACUCCCCCCCCCCCCCCCCCC